AUGGAAGAGACUGAUGAAUUAAAUCAAAUCAUUUCACAAUCUAUCUUAAGAUUUUCAUUAACCGAUGGAGGGAUCAAUCAACCUGAUUAUGCACUUUUUUCUGGAGGUGCUAGGAUCAUACCUGAUUUAACUUCUGCUACAUUUGAUAUCAAACCUAAAGGAUUCAUUAAAUCUACUUUAUCUUCUUUAAUAGGAAGAGGAAACUUAGUGAUCGCAAGAGGUCCAUCCACUGUACUUGAACCUGAUCGAUCGAUCGGAAAGUGUUGGCCGAUGAAUGGGAAUCUAGGACAGAUUGGAAUCGCUUUGGCACGAAAGAUUGUGGUUAAAGAAAUCGUCAUUGAACAUGUUCAGUUUAGUUUGGCUUAUGAGUUGGAUUCUGCUUUAAGAGAAUUUGAGGUUUUGGGCUAUGAUGAGGUGAGAAAGGUUUGGAGAACGUUGGGGAAUGGAACGUUUGAUAUCUUUGAUUCAAAGGUUAAUUCUAUUCAAAGGUUUCAAAUGAAUUAUCCAUCAGAGGAAGAAGAUGAUCAAUUUGAAACUGGUUUAGUGGUCUUGAAGGUUUUGUCGAAUCAUGGAAAUUCGGAGUUUACUUGUUUGUAUCGGAUUAGAGUUUUGGGUGAAAGAAGGAACCUUGGAAAUGGAUUGGUUGAUCAUCAGUCUUCAUCACAAGAACAAGAACAAGAACGGAUUGAAAUGGUUUGA